GUGCGGGACGCGACAGACACAGUACAUCAUCCAUCAUUGCCAAUCAAACGCUGAUCCGGCGUUUUGCGCAUUGCUGAUUGGUCGAUUUACCAUUAGGGCGGAUGUAUCCCUACCGUCCGCCGGGCUGCAGUGACUACAGUCUCUGAGGGGCUGAUGGGACAGAGGAAACAUUGACCUGGAGCAGGACUGUCCUCCACAGAACUCCUGUUGAGACAAAGGCUUUCAAACUAGUAUGAAGAGUCUGAAGGCAAAGUUUAAGAAGAAUGAGAGUCAGGACUGGAGUAAGAGUGAUGAGAGGCUCCUGCAGGCUGUGGAGCAGAAUGAACCUGACAAAGUCUCAGCUCUCAUCGUCAAAAAAGGUCUUUGUCCCACCAAGCUGGAUGCUGAGGGCAAGUCAGCGUUCCACCUCUGUGCCUCUCGAGGCCGGCUGGACUGUCUGGAGGUCAUCAUCUCUCAAGGAGCAGACCUCAGUGUCACCGAUGGUGCUGGCUUCAGCGCCCUUCACCUUGCAGCCAAAAACAGCCAGUCAGAGUGUUUAAAGAGGCUUUUACAGGAGAGAUUAGCAGUAGACUGCACUGACAGCAUUGGUAGAACACCACUUCAUCAUGCAGCGGUCAGUGGCUGCUUGACCUGCACUGAGACUCUGUGGGACUUCAAAGCAGAUCUGGACAUCCAGGAUGGGGAUGGGGCCACGCCUUUGAUUUUAGCAGCCCAGAUGAGCCGAGUGGAGCUGUGUGUCUUUCUCUUGGGUCGAGGUGCCAAUGCAAACAUACAAGACAACCAGGGAAGGUCUGCGUUGAUGCUGGCAUGUGAGAGCGACAGCAUCGAGACCGUAGAAGCCCUGCUGAGAGGUGGGGCCAACACACAGCUGAUUGAUGCCCUUGGACACAAGGCCACUGACUACAGUGCAGCCACAGGCAACCAAAGCAUCAUUCAGUUGUUGCAGGAUGGAGCACCUCCAGCUCCUGAGGGCGCGGGUGAGGAGCACUCCCAAGUCCCCUCAUGUGCCUCCUCAGUGCAAGGGGGUACUACCCCUCGCAAACGGAAAGCUCCACCACCGCCCCGCUCGCCCCUCCAGAUCCAGGGUUCACCACCUUCUCCACAGCCCCGGAAUCCUGCUCCACCUGUCCAGUCUCCUGGGCCUCAGUCACCUUCCCCCUCUCCUCAGCCUCCAGAAACACAGCAACCCACUCAGUCAGAGGAUGAGGAGGUGUUUGAGGAAAUUCGACGCCUGCGUCUGGAGAGAGGACGUCUGCUCCAGAAGAUCAAAGCCUUGGAGCAGCAGCAACAGAGCGCCAUCUCUGCCUUGGAGGAGUUAUCCCAACUAAAGCAGCGACUUGAGGAGGCAGAAGCAGAGAGAGACAAGCUGCUUGAGGAGCUUAAGGGAGGUCAUGGUAUUGGGGCCAGUGACUCUGAGGACAUGGAUGAAAUGUUGGACUUCCCAGAGAAGCUGCUUUCCAAGCGCUCCAGAUCCUCGCCUGCUCAAGAUGAGGCCACUUCUCAAGGGGACGUAGACUCAACUCACCCCUCUAAUGCUGUUGCUGACCCAGGAACUGUUGCUGAGCUGCGCAAACAAAUAGAGGAACUUACCUCAGAAAACUCUGAACUAGCUCUCAAAGUUCAGAUGCUGGAGAUGUUUGAGAAGGAUGAUACCGACAUGCAGACCUCCAGUUCAGACUUUGUCCCCAUUGUUCGGUAUGAGACCCUGAGGAAGGAGUUUGAAGCCCUCCAGGAGCGCUUCUCUCAGGCCCAGGCUUCAGACGAGGCCUCUAGUGCAGCAGAGGAGCGUGGUGAUGAGAAAUCUCAGGAAGGAGAUACGGAUGCAGAGAGUGGGGAGGCUCUCAAGGAGAAACUGCAAGUUCUGGAGGAGCAGUUGGCCUCCUCUCAGGCUGAGCUGGAAGAACUGAGGGAGCAGAUGCGUCUUGGAGUGCUGUCUGUGGAGUGUGGUGAGGGGGAUACUGCCACAGCAGGUGGUGGGACUGAGAAUGGGUCUGGGUCUGCAGAGGAGGGUCUGCGCCAAGAGGCACAGCAGCUGAGAGCAAGGGUGACGGAGCUAGAGGAGGAGCUAGCUAAGAGACGGGGCGAGGCAGGCGGUCAGAGCAGCCAGGACAGUGACACAAUCAAACAGCUGACGGAGAAAGUAGAGGAACUCCAAACUGCUCUGACUCAGAAAGAAUCUACAAAGCAAGAAGGAGAGAAAGACAACAAAGAAGAGACUGAAACAGUGAAGUGCCUCCGUGACAAAGUGGCUGAGUUGGAGGCAGCCCUGGCUGAGAGCAGGACGUCAGGGAAAGAGGGGGGAGCAGCAGGAGAUGGAGAUCAUGUCCGUCGUCUCCAGGAACGUUUGGGGGAGCUAGAGGGGCAGCUGAGAAAAUGUGUGCCCCGCUCGGAGUUGGAGGAGGUGCAGGUGACUCUGGGGCUCCAGUGUGAGCAGCUGGCCAGGGAGAGGGCAGACGUGGCUAGAAGGCUCAAUGAUGCGCUUCUGGAUCUGGAGAGACUCAGACCUCCUCCGUGUGGAGACGAUGAAGAGGAAGAAGAAGAGGAAGGGCACUCGGAGAGCUCAGACCCCUCAGUCUUAUCAGAGCCCUCCAGACGCUCCCUGGCAGCAGUGAGAGAAGAACUGGAGGUGGCGAGGCAGGAGGCAGCCCAGGCUCUGGAUUGUUUGUGUGCUGAGCGGGAGGGCCGGGCACAGGACGCCCUGCAGCUGAAAGACGCAGUGCCACUCUCAAAACAUAAGGAGGCGCUGUCUGCAGUAUCAGAACAGCUGGCUCAGACACUGCAGGAGCUCCAGGAGGAGAAGACCCUCCGUGGUCAGGCUGAGGAGCAGGCUGCCAGAUUAGAGGCCAAACUUCAGGCCAUGCAGGAUGCCAUACCCAAAGAGGAGCAUGAGAAAGUGAAGGCAGAGCUCCAGCGCUCCCUGCAGGCCAGUGAGAGCAGUGCAGCAGCAGCUCAGGAGGCUCUGAGUGAGAAGGAGAUGGAACUGAGAGAGAUGAAAUCCCAGAAGGCUGCAGAACAAGGUCUGAUCUCCAAGGAGGAUCACGAGGCCCUGCGGCUCUCCUUGCAGGCUGAGAUCAACGCUGCCACAGCCCGUUUCAACGAUCUCGCUCGCAAACAUGAGAAGACCUGCACUGAGGUGUUCCAGGUGCAGAGGGAGGCCCUCUUUAACAAGAGUGAGCGGCAGGUUGCGGAGUCCCAGCUAGCCACGGUGCAGCAGCAGCUCGCCGAAUUACAGGCCAAAUCCAGCCACAUCCAGGAGCUCCACAAGAAUAUCCAGGAAUCCCAGGGCCUGGUUAAGGAGAAGGACCGUAAGAUAACAGAACUGUCCAAAGAAGUGUUUCGGCUAAAGGAAGCCCUGGGAGCUCUGUCACCUCCUUUGGGUAUCACCUCCUCCUCCUCUACCCAUCAUGGUAACCCUGGGCAGCAAAUGGCACUGCAGAACCGGAUCGCCAUACUCACCCAACAGCUCCACGACUGGGAGAGAAAGCACAAACAGGUGGUGGCUAUAUACCGUUCCCAUUUACUGGCAGCUGUACAGGGUCGAAUGGAUGAAGAGGUGCAGGGUCUGCUACUCCAGAUCCUGAGGAUGUCACAGCAGGGAGACUGAACCUUACAACAUCUGCAAGUCUCUCUCACCUACAGUCCCUUUACAGGUCAGCAUAAAGCAGCUCCAGCACAGCGACCUGUGGGACCAGCAUCGCUGAGAGCUCACGUGGAAAGCCAAAUCCAACUGAUCUGUGUUCAGAAAUGCAUGUGGACAAUACAGUAGCCUAAAGAACACUCAUAAAGAUUGAUGGUUAAUGUAAUGUGGGAAAAACAGAACUGUAGAUUGCCCUCAUGGCGGGAUAACUGACAUUACAGCAGCCUAUAAAUCAGUGAUUUGUGGUAGCGCAAAGUGAAUGUAAAUGUUGUUAUUUAGAAGGCCAGACUGACUGACUGUGUGACAAGCAGUUGAUAAUUUGUGUUAUAAUGUUGUUAUAAUAAAAAGGAAAAACAACUUGUUAUUUGGUCGAUCCUGUUUUUUUGUACUUUGCUUCAUGCACAGACUUUGUCCCCUUUUCAAACCUGGUUUUCCAAAGCCACACCUUCUGCACUGUUCUUCACAUCUAUUUCUGGGUCAUGGAAAUCUGAAGUCUUAAUUUGGAAAGUUCGACAGCUGGGCUCAACUGUG